AAAAGUCAUCUUGUGGACGCCUAGUGGCCGGUGUCUGUAGGACUGUAAGUCAAGCCUCAAAACAGCAUACGAUGAUAAACAAAAAAAGUAUAUUUUUGGAAAAUCUCUGGUUUAUUAAUAUCUUAAUUCUAAAUGUUCUCCUUAGCCUAAGUCCUAGCCAAAUGUAUGAUGAAGGUAAAGUGGUUUGCUGGUUGCUGUACUGGAGCUUCCAAGCGCGCGACAAACCAGCUGCUUACGUCACACAGCGUACGGAUUUGUGUUUUAUAAUCGGGAUAGAGGUGUUUCCCGACAAUGACCCAAACACACACGCAUGCCUCAUCACCGACCAUAUUUUAACCGUAUGUAUUCUCAUCUAACAGACACUCGCCGGGUACCGUUAGCGGCGCGUGACAGGUGACACAGCAGAGGUACGCGCGUGCGCGAAUAUUCGGUUCCGUUUUAGUCUGUGAGUGAACAGAAGACAAGAUCAGAGCAUAUCCGGUAACGGUGGCGGAAUCCGCAUUUCCACACGCGAUGAGCGGCGGAGUGUACGGGGGAGAUGAAGCUGGGGCUCUGGCCUUUGACAUUGGUUCAUUCUCCAAUCGAGCAGGAUUUGCAGGUGAAGACUGUCCUAAGCAGCCCCCCCGGCCAGGCAACGGCAUGAGUACGACACACAGACAUACCCACGCACAAAAAGUGUGUCUAGAUUUUAUUACAGUAAUCCUUAAAAGUGAUGGAUCUAAAGGUGACAGAGCAGCUCAGUUUGUGUGUGUGUGUUUGUGUGUGUGUGUCUGUGUGCGCGUGGUGACUGCAGGGAACACACUCCUGCAGGGCUUCACAGAGAGACUCAACAGAGAACUGUCUCAAAAAGCACCGCCCAGUAUGAGAUUGAAGCUCAUUGCCUGUAACAGCUCUAUAGAAAGAAGAUUCAGCUGUUGGAUUGGAGGAUGGAUUCUAGCUUCACUGGGCUCCUUCCAGCAGAUGUGGAUCUCAAAACAAGAAUAUGAUGAAGGACGAAAACAGAGCGUGGAGAGAAAAUGUCCCUGAGACACACACGUGAAAUCUCUUGUUUCUGUAAUGAAGUGAAUGACACUGACAGAUGUUAGAGGACACUUCACCCAAACAUGGAUUCUGUCAUCAUUUCCUCACCUUCCAGUUGUUCAAAAACUGUAUAAAUGUCUUUGUCCUGAUGAACACAGAGAAAGAUAUUCAGAAGAAUGCUUAUAACCAGACAGAUCUUGCCCCCCAUUGACUCCCAAAGUAUCCCUUUAAGGUACUGUGAUAGUGUGUAUGCUCAGCACAAUAAACUGCUGUGAUCAUGUGACCCUCUGACCCUUAAAGAACUCCAUCUGAACAUCUGCCCACUACUUUAACUCUCUGUGAUGCAGAGAUAUGAGCACGACACCUCAAGAAACAUAAUUUUUGUUGCAAUAUUCAUGCCAAUAAACCCGUUUCACACACGUCA